AUGCCGAACAAUAUUACGAGUAUCUUUGAUCUGCUCGAUAAACGGAACAAAAAUGGCAGCCUUCCUAUGCUGCACAGAGUAGCAACGUGGGGAGCUAUUCCAGAUGUCCGCUCCCUCAUCGGGAAAACACAUGGCAUCAAUGCCAGAGGUGGCGUAGACAACGCAACUGCACUGCACCACGCCGCGAAGAACCGCAAGUGCGACAAGGAGAUGAUCGAACUGUUCCUCGCGCACGGAGCGACAGUCGAGGAGAAGGACUCGGAGGGCAUGGAGCCGGUUGACUACGCCGUGCAGGGGAAAAACUUCGAGACGGCCGAGGAACUGCUCAAGCACCGAACCGACGGGUUCGAUUGCAGCCUGCUCCACUACUACAUCAAGAAGAACGACCUGGAGUCGGCCAGUGCGGUGUACGAAAAUGACAAAACCUCGGCAAAUGUUGUGGGAAAGUGUGGAAGGACGGCUCUGCAGGUCGCAGCCCAGUACGGAAGCCUGGAAAUGUGCUUCUGGAUCCAUAAUUGCUCCGACGUGACGCAAAGCGCUUCCACAAUCCUGCACUAUGCUGUUCUCAACGAAAUCAAUCCGAGCAAAGUCGUCAAGUUUUUUUAUUCACUCUACCCAGACAUCGACGUGAGGAACCCCAGCAACGAGACUCCGCUUCAUAGCGCGCUGAGGGCGGAAAACCUGGUGGCGGUGGAGGAGCUUCUUAAGCGCGGUGCGAGUCUCAAAGACGGUUGGAACGCUUUCCUCUUCUGCGUUAAGGAGAAUAAAUUAAAGAGCGCCAAGUUUGUGCACGAAAAAGACCCAAGUUUGAUCAAUCAACCCGAUUAUGACGGGAAGAAAGCGCUUCAACUCGCAGCCCUGCACGCUGAUCUGGAAAUGUGCAGGUGGCUGGUCAGCCUGAAGGUUGUCGUCGACGCUACGGACGGCGACGAACGCACCGUCCUGCACCUCGUCGCGCUGAGGAAGUCUCCGGACGUGGAGUUGGUUCGUUAUUUCGCACCUCUCGUCGCGAACAUCGACCAAGCAGACGCUUCCGAUUUUAGUCCUCUGCACUGCGCCAUCCAGAAUGGAAGCUACGCCACCGCCAAGGAGCUGAUCGACCAAGGCGCUAACCUGCGGGCGAAACUCUUACUCCGUAUUCCUCUGCACUACUUUAUUUCCCAAAAGAUGCACGACGCUGCCAAGUUCGUGUACGAGAAUGAUCACCAGCAACUCGACAUGACUGAUGGGCCGAUUAGCAUGACUUCCUUGCACUACGCGGCCAAGAUGGCUGACGUGAGGAUGUGCAAGUGGUUAGUUGAAUUGGGCUGCGACGUGGAUUUCCGGACGCCAAACAAAGUUACAGUCCUGCACUGCGCCACGUUCAACAAGAAUCAUGGCAAGGAGAUCAUCGAGUACUUCCUGCAGUCCUCCGACCUCAACGUGGACGUUCCUGCCCACAACAACCAGACCCCUCUGCACUUCGCUCUCAGGAAUGAACACUUGGAGGUCGCGGAGUUGCUGCUGAGUCACGGGGCGAACAUCAAGGUGACAAUAGGAAAGCAGAAUCUGCUGCACUACUGCGUCAUGCACGACAAGCUGAAUAGCGCAAAGUUCGUGCACAAAAAGGACAGAGAGCUGAUCAGAGCGCUGGAAUCCGACGAUAAGACCGCGCUGCACUUGGCAGCCCAAUACGCUGGAGUCGACGUGUGUAAGUGGCUGGUGGACGAAGGUGUCAAGGUCAGCGAGGUCGACGCGCAUUACAACCGCACUGCACUGCACUUUGUUUCUCAGAGAGAGAAGGAAUGCAAGGACAUCAUCAAGUUUUUCGGCACGACUGGAAUGGACUUUGCAGCCAAGGACACGCGUGGCUAUAGCGCGUUAGCUCUCGCCCUGUCCUCCGGGAAAUUCGACAUGGUCGAGGAGCUGUUGUCGUUGGACGUAAAUCUGCGUUCCAAGGUCGAUGAAUACGACAACGUGCUACAGUUCUGCGUGGCGAUAAAAAAUAUGGCGGCUGUCAAGUUGCUGUACAACAAGGACGAGAAGCUGAUCAAUGAAAGCGGUGCCAACAGGAGGACACCGCUGCACAUUGCCGCUUGGAAUGCUGAUGUCUCUAUGUGCAGGUGGCUGGUCAACCACGGCGCCGACGUGCACGCCUUGGACCGAAUGCACAACAACGUUUUUCACUACUUCGCUCAAGACCAAGAAAAUUCUAUCGCUGACCAUCAAAGGCGCGACCUCGUCACUUUCUUCAAAUCAAAACAUGUGAACGUGGACCAAUUCAAUCACGAAGGAAAUACCCCACUCCACGUCGCCCUGCAGCUGAAAAACACUUCUGUCGCCAAAUAUCUGAUCGAAAGCGGUGCCAGCCUGCUCCUUAAGCGUGAAGGGAAAAAUUACCUCCUCUACUGCGUCCAAAUGGAGUACCUAGAGAGCAGCAAACUGUUGCAUCAAAUGGCCCCUGACCUGAUCAAAGGCUGCAACGAAAAAGGCCAAAAUGCACUCCACAUUGCUGCCCAAGGGGGAAGCCUGGAGAUGGUCACGUGGCUCGUCGGGGAGGGAAUGAAGGUUGACCAAGUGAACGAGGUUGACCACUACAACGUGCUGCACUACGCCACCCUGAACAAGAAGGAAGCAGAGCGUCUCGUGCGCUACUUCGUCGCUCAAAGAGGUCCGCUGAACGGAAAAACCAACCUCGAAGAGACUCCCCUGCACCUGGCCCUGCGAAGUAAAAACUACGCCAUUGCCCAGAUGAUGGUGGACCUUGGCGCCGACGUCGACGCCAUAAUCGGAACUGAGCAGACUAACAUGAUCCACAUUUGCGUGAUGGAAAACGAUCUGGAAGGCGCCAAGAUCGUGCACAGGGCCAAUCCGCAGCUCAUCAACCAAUUAGCGACGGGAAAACGGAAUGCACUUCACCUCGCGGCGUUCUACGGCAGCUUGGAAAUGUGCCACUGGCUGUACGAAAUGGGGGUCGACCCUCACGCCAAGGCUAGCGAAAACAGGUCGAUUUUUUACUUUUGCGGCGACCAAAUUGAAAAGAAGAAAUUUUUCUUGUCCGUGGGCUUGAAAAAAGAGAAAAGCUUGGCUAGUUUCUUGAGAAAAAGCUUCCGGAUUAAAAAGAAAAAAUAA